CGGCUCCCAGAACUUACCAGCGGGACAAUCGCAAUGAGUGAGGCGGAGAGUGGUUCCCCCAAUGCAGUGGAAAAGAAAGUCCUCGCUAAGGGCGUUCUCGGUACGGUGAAGUGGUUUAAUGUCCGAAAUUGCUAUGGAUUCAUCACAAGGCACGACACACAACAGGAUGUAUUUGUUCAUCAGACUGCCAUCACCAGAAACAAUCCUCGCAAGUACUUACGAAGUGUUGGGAAUGGAGAGAUUGUGGAGUUUGAUGUCGUCGAGGGAGCAAAGACUGUUGAGGCUGCAAAUGUGACUGGCCCAGGAGGUGUUCCAGUCAAAGGGAGUCCCUAUGCCCCAAACCGUCGCCGGUUCCGCAGAGGCUUUGUCAGACGCCAGGCUCGUGUGGCUCCGGGUGAUGAGGUCUCCAUGAGCCAAAUAGCCAGUGUCACUCUGAUCAGGUCCACCUCCCCCUCAGCUGAAGAUGCCCAGUCUGCUUGGUCAUAA